GCCGAAAUGGCGGUUGAAAAUAAAUUUAAACACUCUAAAGACCUGUUCCAAAAUGCUGAUGGUUCCAGCAUGGUAUUCUUCAUGCGACCCUGUAAUCAAAGACAAGAAUUAAGACCGCUUAUUGAGUAUGGUGGUGGAAAAGUAACAUCGAAAGUAUUGAAGGAUAGUACCAAACUAGCAGAGAAAGGAAGUAUGGUAUCUGGUGAUGAUUACAUUUCAGCACACUUCAUAGAAGACUGUGUAAAGCAGAAUAAACUGUUGCCCGUGGAUUCUUACAGAGUACAGCCGGGGACAAGAGUUCGCUCGCCUUCAGGAGAUUCUGAUGUAUCUAAAUACAGCUUUAGCUCCAAUGACAGUAUGUCUCCAGCUGGUUAUAUUGUACAGACAUCAGCGAGGGAUUAUAAAGGGAGAAGCAAGUACACAAAGGAGGAGGAUAUUGCUAUGAUUACAUUCCUGGUGGAAGAAAGGAGAUACUCUGAAGCCCUGGGUAUACGUGUCUGGAAAGAUAUGGAACUCCGGAAAAUAACUAAACACACUGCAAGCUCAAUGAAUACCCGCUACAGAAAACAUAUUUUACCAAACAUAGAGAGCUAUAAAUAUGAUGUGGAUAGACGGUGGUUGUCAAAGCUUACUGGUGGAAGUGUUGUGAAGAAAACAGAACCAGAAUUUACUGCUGAUGCCUUAUUUGCAACAUAUAAGAAGAGAAGUAAGAGACCUGAUAGUACCGCAAGAAAAGUGAACCUGACAGGAGGGUUUGGAGAUAUGUUUGAUUUUACAAUGAGCGAUGAGGAUAAUCCAAAGAAGACAGAAAAUGUACAUGAAAUAAAAAAUAUAAAUGAAAAGAAAGAAAAUGGGGACAAAGUGGUCGAAGUGGGAAAUAAAUCUCUUAAUAAGAAAAGCAAGGAUUUAAAAGAAGAUCAAAUGAACAGUAAGAAAGGCAAAGAAAACCAAGGCAAAGAAAUUAACGAAAACCAAGGUGACAAUAAGAAAGGCAAGGAAAUAAUAGAAAACAAAGGUGACAUUAAGACAGGCAAAGACAACAAACAAAACCAAGGUGACAGUAAGAAAAGCAAAGAAAUGAAAGGAAACAAAGGUGACAAUCAGCAUGAUGGUGCAGAAAACAGUAAGAAUAAAACUAAUAGUGAUGAACUUAUCCAUAUAGGAACAAAUUUUGAAGAAAAUAACAUUAAGAAAGCUGAUAAUGAAGAACCUAGUAGGGAAAUAGCGACUUACGAAGAAAUUUGUAAGGAUUCAAGUAAUAGAGAAGAACAGAGUGGGGGAAAAUCAAACUGUGAAAAAUGUAAUCAAGUAGAAACAGAUUGUGAAAAGCAUUGCAAGGAAAAGGUAUAUCGUGCGUAUGCUGUGGAAGUGGUUUUAGACAAGUUAACAGAGAAAGAGAUUAACUCUGAAAAAGGAAAAUUUGACCAUUCAUUGGAAACACUAAAUGAAAAGGAAAAACUCCCUGCUGAAAGUAAGGAUAAGUGUGAUGGCAUCCCAGGAAUUUCAAGAAAAUCAAAUGAUUUAUUUGAACAGAUUAAUAAAAGAUCUAAAGGGAAAGAUAAGAAUAAACUUAAUUCUAAACUUGAUAUUGAUAAUGACAAAGAAGAUAUAGAAUACUUAAAUGCUGCUCCUCCUUCUCCAUCAGACAUAUUUCAGAUGACAGAUGAGGAUAGCAUGGAACUUGAAGAAAAUGAUAAAGUUGAUAAAAAUGAGGAAAUUAAAAUGAUAGUUAAAAAAAUGGAUGAUGGGAGGUUGACACUGUCACAGAGAAUCAUGUGAUAGUGACCCUAGUGA